AUGAAUCUAAGUAUGCACGGUCACAGAGUCACUGUUUUGGGGGUAUACGGGGUCAAUGAUGAUAAAAUCGCACUUAAGGAUCAGUUUUUUGAAGAACUGGACGAGGAGGUAGUGAAGGUAGGACCUGGGAGAGAAGUCCUUGUGUUGGGAGAUCUAAAUGGAAGAACGGGAUCCCGGGUGAACAGUAAAAUCGUUGGCCCGUUCGAUGAAGUUACGGUGAACGACAACGGAAGCCGCAUUAUCGACGUUUGCGAGCAGAGGGAAUUAAAAGUAUUGAACGGGUUUUACCAACACAAGGAUAUUCACAAAUAUACUUGGGUCCAACCUACCCGCGGCUUAAGAUCCAUCAUUGACUACGUGCUCGUUAAACAGGUAACAAACCUGAAGAUUCAGCAGGUGAGGGUAUGUAGAGGACUCUCCUGCAGUAGUGACCACUAUUUCCUCAGAGCGGAUGUAGCCUUUCCCGCUCGUGUGUCGCAGAACGAUCAAAGCGACAAUCAACAACCGCAGCGACAACGCGUACAUCAAGUCCAGUACAACAUCGAUAGCCUAAAGCACCCGAGUGUCAAGGCUCUGUACGCAAAGCGCCUGGAUGAAAAGUUAGGAGAUGCGUGCGAUGGCAGUACGGAAGAGCGGUAUGAAUUCAUUAAGAAUUGCGUUCACACGGCGGCAGCGGAGGCCCUGGGGGUUUCUGAACAAAAAACUGAUAACAGAAAACCGUACUGGUGGGAUGCGGAGGUAGAGGAGGAAAUAAAUGUGAAAAGGAAUAGGUAUCAUCAGUUUCUCUCUUCCCAAAAGUUGGAUGAUAAAAUCAUGUACAGACAGGCUCAAGCAAGAGUCCGUCGGGUAAUCACUCGGAAGAAGAAUGAGGCUUGGGAAGAAAGCUGCAUGAAGAUAAAUACCUACCUUGGAGGCCGGAAAAGUAUACGGAAGGCUGGAAAGUGA